AUGGAAAAAAGCGAACAAACAAAUAGUUUCGAAAGUUCAAAUAAUAAUAAUAAUAAUAUAGAUAGUAAUAUUAAUAAUAAUUUAGAAAAUAAUAAUAAUAAAAAUAAUAAUAAUAAUAAUAAUAAUAAUAAUAAUAAUAAUAAUAAUAAUAAUAAUAUUGAAAAUAGUAUUGAUAAAAAUAAUAAAGAGGAUAACAGUUUAGUAGGUGUAAAUAGUCAUAGGAAACAUAGAACUAGAUUAAAAUCAAAGAAAGGAAAUAAACAUGAAACGAAAAAGGAAAUAGAUUAUAAAGAUUUAUUGAUAAAACUGCCUCAUAAUGCAGUAUCAAAUUUCAAUUCUUUAGAAAAUGAAUCAUCUGAUAAUUUAACACCUCCCCCACCUAUAAAUAGUUCACCACUACCACUACCACUAUCACUACCACUACCACUAUCACUACCACUACCACUACCACUACCACUACCACUACCACUACCACUACCACCAAAUAAAGAAAACAUAGAAAUUAAUAUGGAAGAUAUAAUAAUACCAGAAAAUAAAAUAAAAAAUAAAAAUAAUAAUAAUAAUAUAGAUAUAAAUAAUAACAAUAAUAACAAUAAUGAAAAACAAACUAGUAUAAUAGAAAUGGAAGAUUUAGAUAAGUUAAAACAACCAAAAAUCAAUGAAGGAUCAACAGGUAAAAAAGGGAAAUCACACUUUUUUUCAUUCCUUCAAAGAGGUGAUAAAACAAAUUCAUCAAUUUUAAAAUCAUCUGAACAACCAACACAUAAAAAGACGAAAACAAAUAUCAACACUCCACCAGAUUACCCAAUUCACUAUUUUGGUCAUCAUAAAAGAUUUUCUUCAUCCUCUGAUGAAGGUUCAGAUAAUUCGAAAUCACAACAUUCCUCUGUAAAUACUCCAACAUUAUCUCGGCAUAAUAUAGAUUCAUUACCUGAAUCACAACAAUCACAAAAACAAUCACAACAACAAUCACAACAACCACAACAACAAAACAAAACAAAACAAAUACAGCAAACCAUUUUAAAUAAUAAUAAUGAUAAUUUAAACGAAGUUACACCAAUUAAAAAAAGUUCUUUACCAACUCUUGAAGUAUCACCCAUCCAAUCGAAUAUAAUUAAUAAUCAAACUACUGAAAAACAUAAUAGUGGCGGAUUUACAGCAUUAACAUCUGCAUCUGCAAUGAAUCAUCAAAAUCAAAGAAGAUAUCGUGAACAUCAUCAAAUAAAUCAUCAACAACAACAACAACAACAUCAUCGUCAUUAUCAUCAUCAUAUUAAUAGUGGAGGUAGUAGUGGUAGUAGUGAUAAAUUUGAUUAUGUUUCAGCUACAGGAUUAUCAACAAAGAAUGGGUUCAAUCCAAAGUCUUUGGAUGUUGAUCAUUUUCCAAUAUCAGAUAAGAGGAAUAAUAUUAAUAUUCAAGCACCAUCAACACCUGUACAAUCUCGAAAUUAUCCUCUUUUCACUACUCAAUCUCCAAAGAAUGCAAAUUCUGCUAGUAAAAGUAAAAAUAAAUUAAAAAAUUUAAAAAGAAAAAUUGCAUCUUCAAUCACUGGAAAUAAUCCAUCUGGAAUAUCUAGUAGUGCUUUUAAUCAUUCAUUUUCAUCUUGGAAUAAUAAUAAUUCAGUUUAUACUGGUGGUAAUAGUGGUGGUGGUAGUGGUGGUGGUGGUAGUGGUGGUGGUGGUGGUGGUGGAGGUGGAGGUGGAGGAAUUGGUACACCAAGUAGUUUUCUUGAUGAUAAUAAUAAUUUAAAUAAUGGUGAAAAUUUUAAAAAUAGUAAUAGUUAUAAUAAUAAUAAUGGUUCAAAUCGAUCAAUAUCACAUGAUGAAUGGUUAAGACAAUUCUAUCAUAAACAUUUAGAGAGAUAUGAAAAAACUAAAGCAGUUGAUUAUUUAAUUAUUAAACCAUGGAAUUUCAUUAGUUGGAUAUUAAGACCAAGUAGAAUAGCAAAUUAUCAAUCGAAAAUUUUAUAUAGAAGAGCAUAUAUUUUAAACUUUUUAAAUUUAGUUUUGUUUGUGGUUUAUCUACUAUCAACGAUUCUAUCAUCUAAUGAAUGGUUUAUAUUUGCACCAGGAAUAUUACUUUCUGUGAUUUAUUUCUUUUUAGGAAAGAUUAAUAAUAAAAUGUAUUUAAUAGCAUUUUUAACCAUUUCAACUGCAGUCGCCAUAAACAUCACCUCAAUCAUUUACGAUCUCACACAUACAAGGCCAACUGAUAAACUUAUUUUCUCAUGGGAUUUAUUGGUAAUGAUAAUGGUACCAUUAUUAUUCCCUUCAAUAGUUUAUUCAAUUGUAAUUUUAAUUUCAGUUGCUGUAACAUAUAUUGGAUUAGGUAUUUAUGUUCAAUCUUCACAUAAUUUUUAUUUAUUAGAUGCAUAUGAUUCAUUUGGUGAAUUAUUAAGAUCAAUUAUAAUUGUUUUUGUAAUUUUAAUGUUUUAUACGAUAUUAUCAUCAGUUGAUUUAAAAGAAAUUGAAAGAAAAGAAUCAAGAAUUCAAAGUUUAUUUAGAAUUAGUAAUGAAGCAUUGGUAGUUCAUAAGGAUGGAUUAAUAACAGAUGCAAAUCCAGCGUUUGAAUCAAUGUUUCAAAUUAAACUGCAGGAUUUACUUUAUCCAAUUCAAAGUGGAAUAUGGGAAUUUCUUCCAGCAUUGGAAGGAAUGUUUGAACCUGGUGCAUCAAAACUAUUUGAUAAUCCUGAUAUGGGUGUUAUUGAAACCACGGGUAUCGAUAGUAGUGGUAGAACAUUUCAAGUUGAAGUUAGAACCAACAAGGCAACCUAUGAUGGUGAACCAGUCGAUGUUAUUUCAAUCAUUGAUAUCACUGGUAGAAAACAAUUAAUGGAAGCUGAUUAUGCACUUAGAAAAGCGGAAGCGGCAAAUGAGGCAAAGGUAAUCUUUUUAACCACGGUUAGUCACGAAUUGAGGACCCCAAUCAAUGGUGUAUUAGCUUCGGCUGAUAUCUUGGAGAGAACUACAUUGGAUUCAACACAAAAGGAAUUUUUAAAUUGUAUAAAACUGUCGGGUAAUUAUCUAUUGGAUUUAAUUAAUGAUAUAUUGGAUUAUAGUAAAAUUGAAGCAGGCAAAAUGGAGAUUAUAAAAUAUGAUUUUAGUAUAUUGAAAAUGUUGGAUAAUAGCAUACGUAUCGUUAGUAAGAAUAUCUAUGAGAAAGGACUGGAUUUAUGUAUUUUCAUAGACCCAAAUGUACCAGUGAUUGUCAAUGGUGAUCAAAGAAGAAUCAAACAAAUCCUAUUGAAUUUCUUAUCAAAUUCAAUUAAAUUCACAAAUCAUGGUCAAAUUAUCAUUAGAGUCAAAUUGGAAUCUGAUGAUUCAACUCAUUCUCUAAUUAAAUUUGAUGUUGAAGAUUCAGGUAUAGGUAUUAAAACUGAGCAUUUAAAUCAAUUGUUUGCAUCUUUCUCUCAGAUUGAUAGUGGUAAUAGUAGGAAAUAUCAAGGUACAGGUUUAGGUUUAUCAAUUAGUAAACGGUUGUGUAAGAUGAUGGGCGGCGAUGUAAAGGUGAAGAGUGAAUUUGGUGUUGGUUCAACAUUUUCUUUCACUAUACCUUGUGGUAUACCAAACACCACCACUAGGUUCUCACUUCAAAGUUUAGGUAGUGCAAUCUAUAUGGGUGAAGAUAUUCAAGGUAUAAAUAAACCAAUUGGAAAGAAGAAAUAUGGAGCAUCUGGUGUGGUUGGUAUUGUUAUCGAUAGUAAUAAAUACACUAGGAAAUCAAUUAGUCAAUACUUUGCAAUUCUAAAGAUAUCUUGUGUAGACUUUGAAAACAAAAAAGAAUUUGAAAAUUAUUUAUCAACUCUUGCAACCGUUGAUCAAACUACAAAUCCUCAAGUUUAUUUGGUCAUAACAAGUAUCAUUGAUAUCAAUCAAUUAACAACCAAUGGUUUACCAAGAGAUAGAAUCUAUCAUUGGAUUCUAAUGGAAAGUCCAAAUGAAGAAAGAAAAUUACCUUUGGAAUUUGAAAAUCGAUUCGUUAAACCUGCUCAAUUUGCUGAUAUUGUAAGAUGUCUAUAUAAAAUUGAUAGUAUAAAUUUCUUUAUUGAACAAAUGGCUGGUAGUCCUUAUAAAGCUUCAAAAGAUCUUCAAAGUGGUGGUAGUAGUAAUGAGAGUGGUGAUGGAGGUAGAAGUUUAAGUGGUGGUGGUGGUGGUGUUGGUAGCAAUGGUAAUGGUAAUGGUGGUGGUGGUUUAGAUUCUAAUAUUUCUCCAUCUGAAUUAUCAUCAUCUGAACAUCAAUUAAUAUCAACCCCACUAAGUGAUGUAAAUGAAUUUGAAGAUAUCAACCUAAUAAAUCAAAGUUUAUCUGGUUUAGGUCCAAGUGCAAAAGUUUUAAAUUCUACCUAUUUUAAUGGUUUAAGUCAAAGUUCAAAGAUCUAUAAUAAUAAUAAUAGAAAUGGUGUUGGUAUUGGUAAUCAUCAUCAUGAUCAUUACUAUCAGCAUAGACAUCAUCAUUCAUUACCACCUGAAGAAAUUGAUUAUGAUGAAUCACCAUUUUUAUUUUUAAAUAAACCAAUUAGAAAAGUUUAUCAUUCUCAACCAUCAACUCCAGUCACCAAUGGUAUCGCUUUAAUGGACUCUAGUAGUAAGAGUCCUUCGAUACCAUCGUCAUCAUCGGCAUCAGCAUCAGCAUUGUCACCCAAUUCAAGACACUCUAAUGAACUUGGAAAUGGUAAAACCACUCAAUCUUUUGUUUUUUCACCAACUUCUAGAAAAUUCUCAUUGAAUGAUUCUUUUAAUCCUUCAAUUUCCACAAUUGUAUUACCACAAGUUUCAUAUUCUCCCUCGAUGCAAGGUGGUAACUUUCCCAUCAAUAUGGAAUCUGUUUAUAAGAAAAUUGAAUCUCACAAUAAUAACUUUAAAAGAAGUGAAUCAAAACCAUCAACUCCAACCUUUUUAUCAAAUCAACCUUCUCCAGCCACUUCAAACUCUCCUCAACUAUUACAAUCACCAACAACAUCCACCACUGGUUCAAUCAAUUUAUCUCCUCAUAGAUCACCAAAUAUUAGACUACCUUUGGAAGUUCGUAGUGGAAGUCUUAGUUCAUUAAAACCUUUAAGAGAGGAUGAAGAACUUGAAAGUAUUUCUGAUGAUCAUACAUCUCAUCUAAAAGGAUCAUCACAUUCAAUAAAUCAACAAAUUCCUUCAACUAUUCAACAACAACAACAACAACAACAACAACAACAACAACAACAACAACAACAACAACAACAACAACAACAACAACAACAACAACAACAACAACAACAACAACAACAACAACAAAAACCACAACAACAACAACAAAAACCAACAACCACAACUACAACAACAUCAACACAAUUACCUCAAAAUAUUGAAAAAACAACAACAACAACAACUACUUCCACCACCAAACCAACGGCAACUUCAUCAUCAUCAUCAUCAUCAAAAACAACAAAAACUCAACAACAACAACAUCAUCCAACAACGACUACAACAACAAAAUCUGAAAAAAUUGAAAAGACAGCAGCAGCAACAACAUCUGAAAAGAUUGAAAAGAUAUUAUUAGUAGAAGAUAACUUUGUUAAUGUUAAAAUCUUUAGCAAAUUAUUAAAAGAUAGUGGAUAUAUAUUUGAUGUAGCACACAAUGGAGUAGAAGCUGUAGAAUGUGUAAAGAAAGGAGCCUAUGAUCUAAUAUUAAUGGAUUGUCAAAUGCCAGAAAUGGAUGGAUUUGAAGCUACCACUGCUAUUAGAGAACUCGAAAAAUCAAAUCUUAUUGAAUCACCACCAUCAAAAAAACAUUCUCAUGUUGUCAUUGUAGCUUUAACUGCAAACUCUGGUUAUAAAGAUAAACAAAAAUGUCUUUCAGUUGGAAUGAAUGAUUUCUUGCAAAAACCAAUUAAAACAUCUGAUAUUUUAAUUCAAAUGAUUAAAAAACAUUUGAAUUAA